ACUGUAGGGAACUGGUGCAUUUGGACAUGAUCAGGUGAUCUGGUGGUUAAACAAUAACCCUGUCACACUUUGGUUGCUAGAACAAGUGCGACAGACUGACCAGAUGACAACCGGUUUCCUCAAGACUGUUUCUUCAAGAUAAGCUUAAGUAAGUAUAGAAGUUUUACCAGCUGCUUAAAUUUUUAACAAUAAUAUCAUCAAGCAAUACUGUAGUGGUUAUUGUCAUUGAGGGUGAUCUGAAGUGCUUUUGUUGACACGCAUGUUUUACAGGUCAGGGAUCAGACGGCUUAAGGUGGCUCCUGUAAUGGCUGCUCCUUCUUCAAGAACCACAGGCCUCUUACUCAGAGUUUCGUGCCUCCUCAUGCUCGUGUACAUCCAGAUAAUAACCUCCUUGGUGAUUAAUGCCGGUGUGUUUAUCUUCUCUGAUGAAGUUCUCAUCAGCCCCUUUAAUUUUCAUCUGACAAGUCAACAUGAACCAUCCUACCAGAGCCCCACUGCUGGUGCUUACUUUUGGACAACAAUCCUUUCAGCAGCCAUGACCCUGGGUUUGUGUGUUCCUGUGGCUCUUGUGGCCUUCGCUCUGCUUGCCAUGAUGUUAGCCGUUUAUGCCAAAGACAUCCCCGCACUCUGGUUGAGCACCGGCUGCCAGGGGGUAUCAAGUCUGCUGAUACUGACAGGCAUCAUCACUUUUUUACUUCUCAAUAAUUCAUAUGUGAGCCUGGAACACAUGACCCUCUGGUUUUAUCUCUGCGUGGGUGUGCUGGUCGAGCUCGUUAUCACAACUGCUUUGACUUUUGUGUCAAUGAGGAGGCUGAAGUCUGAGUGGGACCAGAGCUGUUAACCCCAAAAGUCAUUCUCGUCAUCUUAAAAGUGAAACUUGGAUCAUCGAAGCUCCUUUCCUGUAAGACAUGUACAGUCUGUUUUGAUUUUAUUGCCCCAUGUGGACAAAGUAAUAGCUCUUAUCUUUGCACUGAUUUUGUCCUCUUCAUAGUGUUCUAUCCUCAUCUUGUCUUUUGAAUGUCAAAUACGUUUGCUGUAGAAAAAAUAUAUUUUUUUACUGUCAA